GAUCCCUGCAGACGAAUGCAGAAUGGCAGCCGCGGAAAUAGCCCGAAACGCGGGAGAAGGCACACGCUCUUUGCCUUUGUCUGGCCAUGUUGGCUUUGACAGCAUGCCGGAUCAGCUGGUCAACAAGUCCGUCAGCCGGGGAUUCUGCUUUAACAUCCUGUGUGUGGGGGAGACGGGCUUGGGGAAGUCCACACUCAUGGACACGCUGUUCAACACGAAGCUGGAGGGAGAGCCCACACUGCACAACCAGCCCAGCGUGCAGCUGAAGUCCCACGCCUACGAGCUGCAGGAGAGCAGCGUGAGGCUCAACCUGACUGCCGUCGACAGCGUCGGCUUCGGAGACCAGAUCAACAAGGAGGACAGUUACAAGCCCAUCGUGGAGUUCAUCGACGCGCAGUUCGAGGCCUACCUGCAGGAGGAGCUGAAGAUCCGCCGAACGCUGCACAGCUACCACGACUCGCGCAUCCACGCCUGCCUGUACUUCAUCGCCCCCACUGGACACUCGCUGAAAUCGCUGGACCUGGUCACCAUGAAAAAGCUGGACAGCAAGGUGAACAUCAUCCCCGUCAUCGCCAAGUCUGACGCCGUCUCCAAGAGCGAACUCGCCAAAUUCAAGAUAAAGAUCAGCAGCGAGCUCGUCAGUAACGGCGUGCAGAUCUACCACUUUCCCACGGAUGACGAGACGGUGGCCGAGAUCAACUCCACCAUGAACGGUCAUUUGCCGUUCGCUGUGGUUGGGAGCACAGAGGAAGUGAAGAUUGGGAAUAAGAUGGUGAGGGCGCGCCAGUACCCCUGGGGCACCGUGGAGGUGGAGAACGAGAGUCACUGUGACUUCGUGAAGCUGCGGGAGAUGCUGAUUCGGGUGAACAUGGAGGACCUGAGGGAGCAGACGCACACGCGGCACUACGAGCUGUACCGCCGCUGCAAGCUGGAGGAGAUGGGCUUCCAGGACACCGACCCCGAGAGCAAGCCCUUCAGCCUGCAGGAGACCUACGAGGCCAAACGCAACGAGUUCCUGGGAGAGCUGCAGCGGCAGGAGGAGGAGAUGAGACAGAUGUUCGUACAGAGAGUGAAGGAGAAGGAGGCGGAGCUGAAGGAGGCGGAGAAAGAGCUGCAUGAGAAGUUUGAUCGUCUGAAGAAGCUGCACCAGGAUGAGAAGAAGAAGCUGGAGGAGAAAAAGAAGAUCCUGGAGGACGAGCUCAACAGCUUCAAGCAGAAAAAAACUGCCACUGAACUCCUGCAGUCCCAGUCCCAGUCAACAGGGGGCUCCACCACCCUGAAGAAAGACAAGGAGAGGAAGAAUUAACCCCUUCCCUGCCCACUGCAUGCUGCAUGAGAAACGCUGGCCUGGUAAGACUCUUCCACUAACAGCUGAAGGAUCCACAAAAACGCACUCUUUUACUGUGUAAUGUUUUUUCUUUUUUUCCAUUUUCUCUUAUUUUUCAUUGCAUUUCUAAAAUGGGCUGAAAACACUGGUAGUUGCCAAUAUUACAAGCAUGUGACCCAGACUUCAACUGAAAAAUAAGCAGUUUAAUGAGUAUAUAGUCGUGUGCACAUUGAGCUGGUUGGCCUUGUGUUUAGCAUUAGUGUGAGGUGAUGCAUUCUGGGAGAAGACGGCAGUGCAGGCAGGAGAGGGAUGGGUCAGUGAUGCUGCUGGAAAUGAGCUCACUCACUGGCCUGCACAGUAAACCUACCGCUAGGCGUGAGGUAGCAAUGUUAGCUCCAGGAAUGCU